AUGGUCAACAAGUGGUUGGGUGUGGCCGCGACGGUGGUUUCGGGCUUUUACGUGCCCGGAUACGCACCCCAUCACUACUCGAUUGGAAGCAAAGUUCCGAUAGAGGUAGGAAAGUUAUGGAGCGCCAAGACGCAAGUACCAUACAGUUACUACUCGAUGGAUGUGUGCAAGCCAGCUGAAUUGGUCACAAAUGAAGGUGGGCUGGGAUAUGUGCUUCUUGGCGAUGUUAUGCAGAAUACCCCUUACUCUGUAUCGUAUAUGGAUCAGCGCGAUUGCGAGAUUUUGUGUACAAAGACGCUUACGAAAGAGGGAGUUCAAGGCUUUAAAGACAAGAUUGACGGAGAGUACUACGUAAAUCUGUUUGCGGACGGUCUUCAAGGAAAUAUUCGAAUGAACUCGUUGGAUUACUUGAAGUAUUACGAAGCACUGGAACAUUGGAAGGUGGAUUUGAUGCCGGAUAACGCGACGCAUCCUCAGCACCCGGAGUCGGUAUUGGUGGUGGGGGGUUAUCCGGUGGGUUUGCAUAUGAAGCAGCCAGAGAAGUAUUUGUUGUUCAACCAUCUGGAUUUUACGAUCAAGUACAACAACAACGAGGUGGUUGAGUUUGAAAUGACGCCGAAAUCAGUAGACUGGCCGAGCGAGUCUGAGGCAUGCGACAAGGCUUCGGCGUAUGGUCCGUUGGAUCUGAAUUUGAGAGCGGAAGGUUCUCCGAUAAUUUUUACCUACUCGGUUUACCAUACCUACAGUGGCGUGCAAUGGGCGACCCGGUGGGACGCUUACAUAAGUGCGGUGUCGGGUCCGAGUCAGAUCCACACGAUGGGUAUUCUGAACGGGUUCAAUUUAACCGUGAUGCUGGCGGUUAUUACGGGCAGCAUCUUGCUGCGAAUUUUGCGAAGAGAUUUGGUCAUGUACAAUUCCAGUGAAGCCGACAUCGAAGCGAUGCGAGCGGAAAGUGGUUGGAAGUUGUUGCACGGGGACGUCUUUCGCAAGCCGCGUUUUGCCAAGCUAAUGGCUUGUUGUCUGGGUAUUGGAGUGCAGUUGAUUUGCAUGAUGUUCCUGACAUUGACUCUGAUCCACCUGGGCUUCGUGAACCCUUCCAAGCGCGGGUUGGUUUUGCAGACAGCGCUAGUGCUAUUCUUCCUUUUGGGCGUACCGGCAGGGUACGUUUCCGCCCGUUUCAACCGGCUGUUGCAGCCCAAUUACCAGAAUACGUUGCUCGUGACGGUGUUCACGGCGUUCCAGUACACAGGUAUUUGCUUUACAGUGUUCUUGUUGAUGAACCUGACUCUCUGGAUCAAGGACAGCACCGGCGCGUUACCGCUGAGUUACAUUCUACUGCUGCUGGGCCUGUGGUUGCUGGUAUGCGUACCGCUCGUGUUCAUUGGCGCCUUCCUCGGCUACCGGCAACCCGACAUGCAGCUGCCCGUCAGAACGAACCUCAUUCCGCGCAUGGUGCCGCCACUGCCCUACUACCUCCGUUCUUUCGUCCUCUGUCCCAUCGGCGGCCUUGUACCCUUCACUGCCACCUUCGCCGAAGUCAUGAUGGUUAUGAACAGCGUCUGGCAACAUAAACUCUACUACCUCUUCGGGGUCCUCUUCGUCAUCUGCGCACUACUCGUCGCCACCAGCUGCCUCAUCAGCAUCAUCUUCACCUACACCUGCAUCGCCCACGAAAACCACCGGUGGUGGUGGCGCUCCUGGUGGUCCGCCGGCUUCAGCGGCGUCUACAUUCUACUAGCCAGUGUGCUCUACUAUAUCCAAGUCCUCGACAUCAACAACUUCGCCAGCACGCUCCUCUACUUCGGCUACUCCGCCCUCGCCGCAUAUACCGUCUUCCUCAUCACCGGCGCUUCCGGAACGCUCGCUAGCUUCUGGUUUCUUCGCAAAAUCUACGGAGCCAUCAAGGUCGACUAG